UUUCCUCCAAUGAGGAUGGAGAUACAGCCUGCUCACGUGCCAUUUCUCUCCAUCACAUCGGUUCCCGUCUUCUUCUUCUUCCAGAUAACUUCAUCACUAACCAACAACAACAUUGUGAUGUCGAAAGACCAUCGCCGUUGGAUGGAUCAGACUGCCUCAUGUGGCUAUUUCUCUUUAGACAUUAGCAACUAUCAGCAUAGUGGUCACUCCUAUGCAAGUCAUAGAGAAGAAGAGAUUAAAAACCCUAAUCAAAGUAAUUACGGUAAGCGGAGCAAGAAAGAGACAAGAGUCUGUGGAAGCUUUAGACACUCGUCAAAAGCUUCGGUGGUGAGAGGACAUUGGAGACCGGCUGAAGAUGCUAAGCUGAAGAAACUAGUCGCCCUCGACGGCCCACAAAACUGGAACCUCAUCGCCGAAAAGCUCCAAGGAAGAUCCGGGAAAAGUUGUAGGCUUAGAUGGUUUAACCAACUAGACCCCAGGAUAAACAGGAGAGCCUUUAGUGAGGAAGAAGAGGAGAGGCUAAUGCAAGCUCAUAAUCUUUAUGGUAACAAAUGGGCGAUGAUAGCAAGGUUUUUCCCGGGAAGGACUGAUAAUUCUGUGAAGAACCAUUGGCAUGUUAUAAUGGCUCGCAGGUUUAGAGAACAAUCUUCUGUUUACCGCAGGAGGAAGACGGUGAUUCCUCUUAAGCCACUCGGUAACCCUAAUCCUCAGUACUCUUGCAAUGAUUUUGAUCCUUCUAGGUCAGAUACGAUCCACCUUGUUAGUAAUGACAAGAACCACCUUAUGUUACCAAUUCCUUGCUUCCCAGGUUAUGCUCAUGGAAAUGAGAGCCCGUUGAUGUUGGGAAUGCUUGAAAACCAAAUGAUGGUGGACGACCACUCUGCACGGACACGAGAGGCUACUACAUUCGAUUUUUUAAACCAAACCGAGAAGUGUGAGAUGCUUGGUGAGGGCAUGAAUGAGCAGAAGAAACCACACUUUUUCGAUUUUCUUGGUUUGGGGACAGUGUGAUCAUCAUCAUGAACAAGAGAGAUUAGGUUAGUUAGCAAAAGUAUAAGAUGAUCCAAGUCUAUUCAAUGUAGUUUUGUCGCGUUAAUUAAUUGAUUAAUUUUGUCCUUAACUAGUCCCAUGCAACAUUCUUAAAGCCGUGUUUGUUACGCACGUACCACU